GAUGUCCAGUGUGUUUUUUGUUUUCUUACUCUGUGGGUUUGAGGCGGUGUUUGUGACGUUAGUACACCAGCAGAGCAGCAGCAGACGGAGAAGACAACAACACAUGUGAGGCUGAGCAUGAAGUAUUAGCAGAGAGAAGUGAGAUUAUUACAGUGCUGUUAAUAAACGCUGAGGGAAGAAUGGGAAAGCUUCUUCUCUUUUCACUGGUUGCUGUUCUCUGUUUCAGUGGUUCUCUUCAAAAGAAAGGGAACAGGAGAAACAAAGUGCAGACGAACAGCUCUGAGGUUCCUGUGCCCAGAACAUUUGGAGGGAUCCUCAUCCAUCAGCCCAAAGUCCUUUCAGUGCCCAAUGGGACUCAAGCUCCCAAUUCAUCUCAUCCUGCUCCAGCACUGCGGUCCCUAAGCAACGGCACAGUCGGGUACCUCCGCGGGCCUCUGAGCACGCGGGUCAUCCCCGUCGUUUAUAUGCUGGUCGUUGCCGCCGGGAUCCCGGCCAACGUCGCCAUCUUGUGCACGCUGGCCUCCAAGAUCAGGAAGGUGUCCUCCGCCAUCCUCUACUGCAGCCUGGCCGUCUCCGACCUCUUCCUCCUCCUCUCCCUCUUCUUCAAGGCCCACUACCAUUUCCUUGGAAACCACUGGGUGCUCGGGGAGGCCGCCUGUCGGGUGGUCACGGCCUGUUUCUACGGCAACCUCUACUGCUCGGCUCAGACGCUGGCCUGCAUCAGCGUCAAGCGCUACCUGGCCGUGGUGCACCCGUUCAUGUACAAGAGUCUCCCCAAGAGGAUGUUCACGGCCUGGGUCACGGUGGCCAUGUGGGGGGUGUUUGGCGCCGCCGUCGUCCCCGAACUGCUCGUCCAGCAGAGCUACCGGCUCCCCGAGGUCGACCGCAUCACCUGCCACGACGUCUUGCCCCUGGGCCACGACUCCCACUUCUUCCUGCUCUACUACAACCUGAUUCUGACCGUCUUCGGCCUCCUGGCGCCGCUGGUGGUCACGGUCGUGUGCUACGGCCGGAUCGUGUGCGAGCUCAACCGAUCGCACCACGACUGGACGAUGUACAUCAAGGCCAGCUCGCUGGUGUUCGUCAUCUUCCUGCUGUGCUUCGCUCCCGCCGGACUCCUGCACUUCGUCCACUACGUGCAGCUGUUCGCGGACGGGACGGAUAGUUUGUACGUGCACUUCCAAGUGGCGGUGUGUUUGUGCUGCCUCCAUGCCUGUCUGGACCCCUUCCUCUUCGUUGUCAUGUCCAAGUCUGUAGGCGCCACGCUUUACUCCAGGGGCUUUAAAGGCAAGACCCUCAGCCUGUCUGUGUAAGAGGGACCUGAACCAAAAACUGUGCAGCAGAUUGAGAGGGAGAUUUUCUCUGUGGCUGGAAUCCAAAGAGAAAGCAAAAGGACCCUGAUUGUAUUUAUGAUAAACAAGCAAUGGACUAACGUAUGUGUUGCAUUAGAUGUGCUCUCUAUAGAAUAAAGUUUACAUGUGUGUGAGUCAGAGAGAGGGAAUGAGAAGACAGAUGGUAAAUAUGUUGAUGUGUGUUUACGAGUGUAAAUAAUGAAAAGAAAGAAUGCAGUUAUGUAUCAAACACUUGAUCAUUAAUGGUUUUGUGUAGUUUUUUUAAUAUUUUCAUUCUGUACAGCUUAAAAUAACACAAAAGUAUUUUUUUCAUAUUUGUGUUGAUUUUUGCUUGAAGUUUAUAGCUGACAAAGAAUAACAUGAAACAGACUAGAAAACUAUACUGCUGAGUACUUUCUGUAUUCCUGUUAUCACAUGUGGAGCUACCAUGAGUACAACAUAAACUUCAUUACGUCUGA